CGGUUCUCCUGCAAGUAGGCAGCACGUUCACAGCUCGCUUUUGCACAAGCCAGACAUUAGCUCAAUGAAAUGCAACAUUUCCACCAUCUAUCGCCACCAGCUACAAUGCAAAUCCAGAGCAACAUCCAGAGCGUUAAUUCGAUCUUUGGUUGCAACGCGUCCGGCCACAGCGGCAUCAACCAACUGGGAGGCGUCUACGUUAAUGGGCGUCCCCUGCCGGACUCGACGCGCCAGAAGAUUGUCGAGCUGGCCCACUCGGGGGCCAGACCGUGCGACAUUUCGCGCAUCCUGCAGGUUUCCAAUGGGUGCGUUAGCAAAAUCCUUGGUCGCUACUACGAGACGGGCUCGAUCAAGCCGAGAGCCAUCGGCGGGAGUAAACCCCGUGUGGCUACCUCGUCGGUAGUGGCCAAGAUCUCCGACUACAAGGCCGAGUGUCCGAGCAUCUUCGCGUGGGAAAUACGCGAUCGGCUGCUCUCGGAAGGUGUCUGCAACAAUGAUAAUAUACCUAGUGUUUCAUCGAUCAACCGCGUGUUACGUAAUUUGGCCUCAAACAAGGAAACAUCAACCCAGAGCAAUGAGACGGUUUACGAGAAGAUUAAGCUUUUCAACAACACCAGCAGUCACUGGACUUGGUGCCAGAAUAUCGGCGGUGGUCAAUUCAAUUUUUCAUCUCAUCCCAUAUCGCAUCUCUCGCUGAAGAGUCCAUCCGAGCAACAGCAGCAGCAGCAGCAGCCCUCGAAACCAGUCAAUUGCUGUUUAGAGGAAAUGAGCGACAAGUACUCCUCGGAGGACGACGAGGACUCGGAGCUGCGGCUGAAGCUGAAGCGGAAGCUCCAGCGCAACCGGACUUCGUUCACCAACGAGCAAAUCGAGAACUUGGAGAGAGAAUUUGAGAGGACCCACUAUCCGGACGUGUUCGCGAGGGAGCGACUCUCCGAGCGGAUCCAGCUGCCGGAAGCAAGAAUACAGGUAAUUGGGUUCCAUGAGACCGGUUCGCGCGAGGUAAGGUUAAUGCGACCGGGCGCAGGUAAAUGGGUAAUUUCAAUAUCAAUAGCAUUUUCGGCAAACUGGCAAAUUUUUCGGCACAUCAAAAUGGUCCGUUUCGAAGUUCGAAGCGUAUAUUUCUUUUACUUUUAUAUAGCAACAGAUUCCACUCGAACAGGAUGGAUUCCAACGGACUGUAUUAGCGGAUUUCUUCAUUGUUUUUUGAUAUUGUUUUCAAUAAAAUCAUUUAUCCAUACAACUUCGGUGUAG